AAAAAUUAAAAAGACGUAAAACAUGUAUAAAUAUUUAGUGAAAAUAAUAUUUUAAAAUCAAAAGACCUCACAUUAAAAAUUCUACUUAGAAGAGGGUUGGGCUGCCCAUAGUUAGAGCUAGAGUUAAAAAUAAAUUUUUAAACCUCACCAUCUCUCCAAUAAUGAAAAUAUUAUAUACGUUAAACAAAAAUAAAUAAGGUGAUUAUGGGUAUAUCUCUUAUGCUAAAUAUCUACAGAAAUUGUGUUGUUUUACGCAUGUAAGUAGAAAACAAACUUGUCCAAAUAAACACUACAAAACCUUCUUUGAAGUUCCACAGUUCAAAAUCUGAGACAGUUUGAUGGUGGAGAAACUAAGAAUACUUUUCUUUCUUCUACCUGACAUAUAUAUGUAUUUGACUCAUUUAUAAAGGAGAGGCAUUACAAUUAGAACUUUUAAAUGAGUUAAUAAUUAACAAUUUUACAAACAAAAACAUAUGUACACACGAAAAUAGUAGUGAUUAAUUUGUUUAGUUGAUGGUAGCAGUUGAUGAUGAUGAUGAGGUUGUUGUGUUUUGAUUAUCGUGUAGGAUCGGUGGUGAAGCCGCCAGGUAGGUCAUCGGCAACGUUCACAUCAGUGUUGGCAAAUCUGGACGCACGUGUGGAAUUAGACAAAAGCAUCACUACUAAUGAAAGCAGCAAGUAUGGUGCAUCACUGUCUAUCAUGGCUUCUAAAUUGUCCUAUGAGAAUGAAGCCUUUGUCCAAACCAUAGUCACCGAUCACUGGAAGAUGGAAUUCUUGGGGUUCUUCAACUUCUGGAAUGAUUAUGAAGAGCAAAUCUCAACACAAGCCAUGAUGUUCAACGACACAACCUCUAACCUUGACCUAAUUAUGGUCGCAUUCAGAGGCACAGAGCCAUUCGAUGCGGAUAAAUGGCGGACAGAUGUUGACUUCUCAUGGUUUGACCUUCAUGAUGUGGGUAAGAUACACGGUGGCUUUAUGAAAGCUCUAGGCCUACAAAAGAAAACAGGCUGGCCCAAAGAGAUAGAUAUGGGCCCUGGCCAACCAUCAUUUGCAUACUACACAAUUAGACAAAAGCUCAAAGACAUAUUAAUGGACAAGAAAUAUGAGAAAACAAAGUUUAUAGUGACCGGACAUAGUUUGGGAGGGGCAUUAGCAAUUCUAUUUGUGGCAGUGCUAGUGUUACAUGAGGAGGCAUGGUUGUUGGAGAGGUUGGAUGGGGUUUACACUUUUGGGCAGCCUAGGGUUGGGAAUGAACAAUUUGGAGAGUUCAUGAAGGAGAAAUUGAGGGUUUAUGAUGUGAAAUAUUUGAGGUAUGUUUAUUGCAAUGAUAUGGUGCCUAGAUUACCAUAUGACAACAACAUUUUCUUGUAUAAGCACUUUGGGCCUUGUCUAUACUUUACCAGCUGCUAUAAAGGCAAGGUAGUAGAGGAGGAACCAAACAAGAACUACUUCUCACUGUUGUGGGCAAUACCUAUGUUCUUGAAUGCAGUGAUGGAGAUGAUUAGGGGUUUCAUCAUCCCAUACAUAAAGGGAACAGUCUAUAAAGAAGGCUGGCUUUUGAGGUUGCUUAGGCUAAUCGGGUUUGCGAUUCCUGGAUUUUCUGCUCAUUUUCCUCAAGAUUAUGUCAAUUCCACUCGAUUGGGAUAUGUCCAAGAACUAGAACCUGAACUGGAUUGUAAAGAUGACUAGUUGCAACAUCCUGAUCUAUUCAUUUGUAUUGCAUCAAAUAUCUAAUAAUUUCAUUCAAAAUUGUUUGUUCCAAUAAUCUACAUACACACACACACACACAUAUAUGUAUGUAUAUGUGUGUGUUACAAUUGGCACAUUUUGUUUUGAUAGUGUAAUAUUUUUAUGUGGGUCUCUCGCAUCAUAGGAGAGAUUUGGUAACAAAUUUGGUAGAUUAUUUGGAAGUGUUUUAUUAUGU